AUGAGAAAUUUUUCAGACACAACCUUGUCCAAUAGAACCGAACACUUGGUAAUUAUUGGGUCUGGUUGGGGAGCUUAUCGGGCUCUUCGAAAAAUUGACCAGUCAAAAUAUAGAAUAACGGUUGUUUCGCCAAAGGAUUAUUUCGUAUUUACUCCUUUUCUUACUGGCGCUUCGGUGGGCUCCAUUGAAGAUAGGGCGGCGAUAGAAUCUAUCAGAAACCAACAGUCUGGAGGCAUGUUUUUUUCUGAUAACCAAUUUAGCUCUCUCCCACAUACUGGCCUCCUCUUAAAAGCCAAUACAACGAUUCCAGUAAUAUCGAACUCUUCUUCCCUCUUAGCCUCCGCUAUCCCAAACGCCAAAUUAGAUAUCGAGCUGUCAUAUGAUAAACUGAUUAUUGCUUGCGGUGCCGUGGUGAAUACUUUUAAUACACCAGGCGUUUCAGAGCAUGCGCAUUUUUUGAAAGAUGUGACUGAUGCACAAUCGAUAAGAUCGAAAAUUAUGUCUCUGUUUGAUGAAGCAGAUAUUCCUGGAACUUCUGAAGAACGGAAACGUUCUUUGCUUCACUUUGCCGUGGUCGGUGGCGGUCCAACAGGAGUUGAAUUUCUUGGCGAACUUUACGACUUGGUCCAUAAUGACCUUAGUCGUGUAUUCUCCAAAGAUCUAAUUUCACACGUCAGCAUGUCUUUAUUUGAUGUAGCACCCAAGAUUAUGUGCACAUUUCAUCCUUCACUUGUGGAAUACACAGUUGGGGAACUUCAAAAAAGGCCAUUUAUUUCAAUAAGAACGUCAACAUCCAUCUCAAAAAUAUCAAAAGACGAAAUUUUUGUAAAAAGCCCGAAAGAGGAAAUAGUUCCGUAUGGCUUUCUAUUGUGGGCAACUGGGGUUUCUCCGUCCCAACUUACACGCUCACUGGCAUCUUCUCCGCGUAUUGAAGGAAGACCAGUCAUCGAUUCCAAGUCAGGAAGACUCCUAACCGACGCAUAUUUAAGGGUUAUGCGAGAGGAAUCGUCCAAAUCGGUUCCAUUCGCUAAUGUUUGGGCUAUCGGUGAUUGUGCUGGCCCCGAAUAUCCCCCCACUGCUCAAGUAGCUAAACAAAAGGGCGAAUAUGUUGGAAGCUUAGUCAAUAAGCUUCAUCUUGACAAUGAUAUUAACGAGAAUAGAAAGAUUCGUCCAUUCGUCUAUAAGGACAGAGGCUAUAUGGCCUACAUUGGGAAAGGAAAAGCUGUUGUUGGGCUUAGUGUUAUCGGAAAAGACCUACGUCUUUUCAGUGGAAAAUUUGCCAGACUCCUUUGGGAUUCAGCUUACCUCUCCAUGUUGACUUCUUGGAGGAAUCGAGUUCUUGUUCCUCUGUAUUGGACUCUUGCCUCAUGGUUUGGAAGAGAAAUUUCUUGCAUAAAGAAAAAUCCAACUAUAAAAUAA